AGUCCACCAUAGGUCAAAAUGAACAAACAUUUGUCAAUUCGCCGUUUGUCUGGACUCUUAUAAUAAUAAUUCCUGGUAGAUAUCCGAACUAAGGUGUGACACUGGGUUAACUUUGAAUGAAGCUGGACACCUAGGUUUCUUUAUGAUUAGCGAAUAUUAUUCCUAAUAUUUACCAGAAAGAUGAAAUAUUUAAUUGCAACGCUCAUCCUCUUUACAUUGCUCGGUAUUUCAUCGGCUUACUACUGCUACGUCUGUGAAAGUGAUGACUAUUUCGACGGAGCAACAUGCGCAGACCCAUUCGCAAAGGGGGACUCUGCUUUAGCCAAGAGGCAGUGCUCUGGCGACUGUUUCAAAGAGGUUAUAACUUAUGAAGAUGGUAGGCAAAAGUACCGAAGAGGAUGCGAUGCCUGUUCGGACGAAUGUUCUACGGUAGGAACCACAAGAACCUGCAGAUAUUGUUGCUAUGGGCAACUGUGUAAUAGCGCCACCAGCGUCCGUUUCAACAGUGUGGUCAUGUUACUGACGCCAUGUUUGGCGACAAUUUACUACUUCCUUUAAAAUUUUAGUUAUAUAUUUUUUUUCUCAUAAAUCACAACACUGUCAUACGUUGUCUAUUUCAAGGAUUGAAACAAAAUCCAGGAUCCCGUAACACAAAGGUUAUCGACUGUUCGUACGCUUGAUCUUUCCGAUCGGUUGUGCAUUGUAGUCAAUCUUGAAAAUAUGUUCUACGAUAAUUGCUAAGCUUUGUGUUAUGUUAUGUCGAUUUUAAUCCUAAUUUAUUAAAUUUUAAAUUUCUUAGCUUUUAAUUCAAAUCCAUAAGGUUUAAUUUCAAAUCUGCAAGAUUUAUUCCUACACCUCAUGAUCAGGCUGGUCGCGAUUCACAGCCGAUGUCGAUUUACUUUAAAUCCUUGAAAUUUAUGUAUGUUUUAAUCACGUCUUAACAGUAUUCUCCAGAGCAUUUAAAAACGAUUAAGAAAUGCAUAGGUAAGGUUUUGACCAUGAUAAGUUACUCUAAACCUCAUAAUUCCCUGCUCUGAGCAAACCAGCCAGUAUUUUUUAUUUAUAACUCAGACAGAUGUGCUUCAAUAUCAUUAUUAAUUAUGUGUGAAAUGUUCACACAAAUAAAACACCAACUUGAUUUGGAAUUUGGAUUUUGAAUUACAAAUUCAAAAUUGGAAUUUGGAAGUUGGAUUUUGAAUUGCAAAUUCAAAAUUGGAAUUUGGAAGUUGGAUUUUGAAAUAGAAAUUCGAAAUUGAAAUCGAAUUUAUUAUUAUUACUAUUUUCAUUUGGAUGUGGCUUUGGAUUUUGAUUUGAAUUUGAAAUUGAAAUAAAAUAUUCAUAAUAUGAACAUUAUUUUCGAUCUCUUUCAGUGUAAAAAUCCCUGGUCUUACAUAGAAUAUGGACCUUUUGAUUAAGUUAAUGGCGACAUCACCCCCGCAUUUCUGCAAUGGUUCGUGAAUUGAUGUUAAUUUUCAUAUUCGUGACAUUUGUGUUGUUUAAAUAUGCAAUAAUAAAAUAGGCCUAUAUCAUGUCUUCCUUGACUUCCUAGCUUGCACCUUAUUCAUUUUGCAACAUUUUAUAAACGAAGCUCUAAAUAUAUAUAUUUAUUAACGAGCAUUAAUUUAGCUAGACAGAAAAAUAAUGCAUCCAAAUUACAUGUAUAUGUACCUAGAUUAUGGCCUUUAUUGCUACUAAGAAACUUUUAAUCAGUUAUCCGUGAUAUUUUUUAUGUAUUUUUGAAUAAAUUGUGUACAAAUUCUCGAUCAUAA